ACUGCUCGGGAAGCCAGACCAGUCUCCGGCUUGUUCGUUCGUGUCAGACAGCGCUGGGCGGCGGUCUUCCCUUUCCAUGGCUCUCUCGGGCCAUGUUGGCGGGGUUCUGCCCAGACAGGCUGCUCGAAAAUACCCCUGUGUCCUAGGGGGGGAGAGACGCAGGAUCCGCUCAUUAGAAUCCAUCAGAGAGGCAUAAAGGCAGGCCUCGAAGUCCCAAGCAGUCGGUGACUCCUCCUCGCCUGGGGUUAGCUGUCUGCCUCCGUCUCUCGUUCUCCAUCAAUUGCUCCUGGGUAUCUUCGACAGAGCCAGGGUCUGGGUUUCUUCUUUCUCUGGAAAUAGGUUUGGGAACUGAAAGGUUUGUCCCUGACCCAGCUGCACGUACGCACCCUUGUAAUCUGGCUUCUUCACUUUCUGGUCCUUGUGGGUCCUUUUAUUGUUUGCACCAUAGUGUAUUCUGGGCCUCACAACAGGCACUGGCACGUUGCUUGUUGGCAGGCCGGCCGGCCCAGCCCCACCCCCUGACGGGGAUCAACGUCUUCCCGCAGGCAUGCAGGCCCUGCCCACCUACCACCCCCAGUGAUUGGCAUCUCCGAGGCUGCUCCAGGCGCAGACGCACUGCCUGGGCUGCCGGGUAAGUGCCCCCACGCAGAUUUCUUUUGCAUUUUUCUGCGCAGGGGGCACAGACAUUUGUGGGCCGUAUGAAUUCUGUGCCCCCACGGGGGCGCAGAAUUUUGUCGGGAGUAAACAGUUUUGGGGAUGCAUCAAUGCCCAUUCCUGCUUCAAGAGAAGAGAGAAUCUCUCUUCUAUGCUGAGCUAAUAGCCUGUAGAGUAGAGCAUAUUAAUAGUUACUCUGUUCCUCAUAAGCUUGAACUUCAGUUUGCUGCAAAUUAAAAUCCAGCAUGGUCAAGAAGGCUCAAUAUAAGAAAAUGUACAGAAAAGGACAGGAAUCUGAACCUGUACUAAACAGUCACUUUGCAAGUACUGUAAGGUGGAAAUCUGUGCAUAUUAUCUGGGGUGAGAUCUGAAGGAACUGAGUAUAAUCCCCUGUGUGGCCAACAAUACAUCCACAGGUGCUGUCAGUAAGAUGGCAGAAAUCCUCAAGGAUGAAAUUGGAUCACUUUAGAUGAACCAAAGUAUACAGCAGUUAUUGAUUUGCUUCUAGGCCUGCACUUCAAACAGCAGCUGCUCAAUGACCUUGACACACUGCCAUUUUCUUUGCUUGUGGAUGAAUUGACUGACAGUUCACUUCAGAUGCUUUCUUAUAUUUUCAUCAAAUACUUCAGUGCUUAUAAACACGUCUCUGAGCAUGACUGAACUAUCUGAACCACACAGGGCAUCACAAAAACUAUACUGCAGAGUAACAGCUUUAAAACUUCAUUGUACUUGCUACAGAUGCAUGAAAGUUUAGUUGCAUUAAAAUUGAUGCACUGUUUAGUUUUAAGAGCACAACUCUCUAAUCUUCAGUUUAUAUCUAAGACUAAGAUUUUGCAUGGUUAUUUUUACUAAAAGUCACGGACAGGUCACGGGCAAAAACACAAAAAUUCACGGAAGCCGUGACCUGUCCGUGACUUUUGCUGCUGUGGCUCCAUGGUUUUCCCCUGCGGGGAGCUGUGGGGUACCCCUUCUGCCCAUGGCAGCUGGAAGCUGCAGAGGAGCUCCCCUCCACCCACAGUGGCUGGGAGCCGCAGGGUGACCAUAUUUCCCAAAGAGAAAACGAGACACCGCCAGUUAAUUCCUGGACUUAACUAUCUGGAGUAGUUUUGGAUCAUCUGAAAAUUUUGCUACCUCACUGUUUACCCCUUUUUUCCAGAUCAUUUAUGAAUAUGUUGAAUAGUACUUGUCCCAGUACAGACCCCUGGGAGACACCACUAUUUACCUCUCUCCAUUCUGAGAACUGACCAUUUAUUCCUACCCUUUGUUUCCUAUCUUUUAACCAGUUACCAAUCCAUGAGAGGACCUUCCCUCUUAUCCCAUGACAGCUUACUUUGCUUAAGACCCUUUUGUGAGGGACCUUGUCAAAGGCUUUCUGAAAAUCUAAGUACACUAUAUCCCCCUGGCCAUAUGCUUGUUGACCCCUGCAAGGAAUUCUAGUAGAUUAGUGAGGCAUGAUUUCUUUUUUAAAAAAAACAUGUUGACUCUUCCAUCAAAUUAUGUUCAUCUAUGUAUCUGAUAAUUGUUCUUUACUAUACACCUCUACCUCGAUAUAACGCUGUCCUCGGGAGCCAAAAAAUCUUACUGUGUUACAGGUGAAACCAUGUUAUAUCGAACUUGCUUUGAUCCGCUGGAGUGCGCCGCCCCGCCCCCCCACCUCCCUUCCGGAGCACUGCUUUACCGUGUUAUAUCCAAAUUCAUGUUAUAUCGGGUUGCGUUAUAUUGGGGUUUGGCUGGUACUGAAGUCAGGUUUACCAGCCUGUAAUUACCGGGAUCACCUCUGGAGCCCUUUUAAAAAAAUUGGUGUCACAUUAGCUAUCCUCCAGUCAUCUGGUAUGAAGCUGAUUUAAAUGAUAGGUUACUGUCGGAGAAUAACCAAGUUCUCACUUUUUGUUUGGGUACAGCAAGUCAGAUACUUUAUUUUCUGUCUAUCAAUUGCAUAGAAGGAGAGAGCUAAACAGGUCUCUCAACAGGUAAACAGUUACAGCAAGCAUUUAUACCUUUUGUUACAGACAAUAAUGAGCAACAGUUGCAUUUUGUUUAUAUAUAGGUCAUUCUGAUAUCUUGUUUUGCUCACUAAUGUAGCUCUUAGUCUACAGUCCAUAUUAUCUACACAUUAUCUACACAAGGUCGCAACUUCUCACAGUUCUUUCCCCACUCGCCUCACACAUUCCUCGCUUCUACAAAUCUUGCGUUAUUAGGGUUGCAGUUAGCCUGACUCUUGCUAACAAACUGUCAUGCAUUGCAAUCCCCUUCCUGUCAGUUCUUUCUCUGCUUCCACAAUCCCUCCCCACCCCCUCUUUUGUACUACUAGUACAACAAACAUUUUCAAAUCUGUAUUUGAAUUAAGUCUUGGGCCUGGUCUACACUACGACUUUAAUUCGGAUUUAUCAGCUUUAAUUCGAAUUUACCCUGCAACCGUCCACACAACGACGCUAUUUAUUUCGAUAUAAAGGGCCCUUUAAAUUGAUUUCUGUACUCCACCCCGACGAGCGGAGUAGUGCCAAAAUCGAUUUUAACAUUUCGAAUUAGGGAUAGUGUGGCCGCAAUUCGAUGGUAUUGGCCUCCGGGAGCUAUCCCACAGUGCAUCAUUGUGACCGCUCUGGACAGCAAUCUAAACUCGGAUGCACUGGCCAGGUAGACAGGAAAAGCCCCGCGAACAUUUGAAUUUCAUUUCCUGUUUGCCCAGCGUGGAGAGCACAGGUGACCACAGAUAGCUCAUCAGCACAGGUAACCAUGCAGGCCGAUAAUCGAAAAAGAGCACCAGCAUGGACCGUACGGGAGGUACUGGAUCUGAUCGCUAUAUGGGGAGAGGAUUCAGUGCUUGCAGAACUUCGUUCUAAAAGACGAAAUGCCAAAACUUUUGAAAAAAUCUCCAAGGGCAUGAUGGAGAGAGGCCACAAUAGAGACUCAGAUCAGUGCCGCGUGAAAGUCAAGGAGCUCAGACAAGCCUAUCAAAAAACAAAGGAGGCAAACGGUCACUCCGGGUCAGAGCCGCGGACAUGCCGCUUCUACGUUGAGCUGCAUGCAAUUCUAGGGGGGGCUGCCACCACUACCCCACCUGUGAUCGUGGAUUCCGGGUCGGGGAUAGUCUCAUCAGCUACACCUGAGGAUUCUGCCGAUGGGGGAGAGGAGGAGGAGGAGGAGGAUGAGCUUGCAGAGAGCACACAGCACUCCGUUCUCCCCAACAGCCAGGAUCUUUUUCUCACUCUGAGUGAAGUACCCUCCCAACCCUCCCAAGCCAGUAUCCAAGACCCUGACCCCAUGGAAGGGACCUCAGCAGCUGCAAAUUCCUCAAGCCUCUCUCCUCCAUCCCGAAGGCUAUCACAGAUAAGGCGUCUUAAAAAGAAAAUGCGAGACGAGAUGUUUUCAGAAAUUAUGGAAUCCAGCCGCAGUGACAGAGCUCAUCUGAAUGAGUGGAAGGAAACGGUUGCAAAGUAUAGGAAAGAAGCCAGUGAAUGUGAGGACAGGAGGGACCAACGUGAGGACAUGAGGGACCAACGUGAGGACAGUAGGGACGCUCGAGAUGAGAGGUGGCGGCAGGAAGAUCAGAGGAGGCAGGAUGCAACGCUGGGGCUGCUGCGUGAGCAAACAGACAUGCUUCGGCGUCUGGUGGAGCUUCAGGAACGGCUGCAGGAAAACAGACUGCCGCUACAGCCCUUGUUCCACCCUCCCCCCUCCCCAUGUUCCGUAUCCUCCUCACCCAGACGUGUAAGAACGCGGAGGGGGGGAGACUUCGUACACCUUCCCAUUCCACCCCAGUAGACAGCCCAAGCAAAAGGCUGUCAUUUUUUUAACCUUUUUUUAGUGGUCUUUUCCUUCCCACUGAUCCUCCUCCCAAAUCCCA